AUGGCAGCGCUGGUGCGCCGAUGCAUGGGUAUGAGCUGGCACCGAGCUGUGCGUGGUGGUACGGCGUGUAGCUUGCGCGCGGCGCUACCACUUGCGUCUCGGGCUGGCUUCAAGAUUUACACGCGCACUGGCGAUGCUGGUACAAGUGCUUUGCUGACGGGCGAGCGCCGGCCCAAGUAUGACCCGUGCUUUGAGGCCGUUGGAACCGUCGACGAGCUCUCCAGUGCCCUUGGCGUAACGAUGGCCAGCAUCCGUUCCGAACAAGCCUUGCAGGACAUCAACGAGCAGUUGCAACGAAUCCAGUGCAUCCUGCAGGACGUGAGCUCUUGCCUCGUCACGCCAGACGAUGAUGCUACCCCCGAGCACCUGCGCAAGGCCGUCGCUUUGGAUGAGGCCUUUGUCACCGAGCUCGAAGCCCUGAUUGACGCACACGAGGAAGAGCUCGCGCCGCUCAAGAACUUUAUUCUCCCUGGCGGCGGGCCGGCCUCGGCCAGCUUCCACGUUGCCCGAACUGUGUGUCGACGCGCGGAGCGGCGGGCCGUAGAGCUGCAACAAGUACAGGCCGUGCAACCUGCUGCCCUUAAAUUUCUCAACCGGCUCAGCGACUAUCUCUUUACUCUGGCUCGUGUGGCCUGUCAUCGCCAAGGCGAGGAGGAGCUUGUCUAUCGUCGUGCUACCCGUCGCCGUACGGCCCGCGUCGAUGUGAACAAUAAACCCCAGGAUGCCUGAGAUCGGAGGCGUUUUCAGCUCUGCGAGCGUUGGCCUUUCUUUGCCCCUCUCUUCCUGUUAAUAAUCGAGAUAUGGAAUGGAAAGAUCCGGAUCAAGGCUUCACAAUUUGGGGACACGGUGACGUUUGCAAUUCUUGUUUAUCAAUUGGAUUGCUGUUUAGCG